GCUUCAGAGUCAGAAAAAUGUCACCGACUCUAACAAUAUUGCCUAUCUCAUUCAAAGUGUAUGUUCUUGAAGAAAGUUCAUAUAUUGUUCGAGUUUCAAAGCAGACCAGUAUCAUGAAAAUAAAUUAAUUAUAAAAUUUUAAUCUACCCGACAACUACUUCCUCCUGUUUCCAACACUACUGCACAAGAGAAGGGUGUUAGCAGCUCAGAACCUAUACAACAACCAUGUAUACAAUCAGCCAUCCUGCCUCCUGUCUAACCCACUUUGUGUUCCUCCUACACAGCACCGCCACUGAAAACAUGUAAUGCAGCAGCUUGGUCCUGCACAUUUCAGGGAUUUGGGCCGCCAGCAACAUUUUAUGCAGCUUGGCUUCCAGCAAGAGGAGCAUUUCGGCUUCCAGCAAGAGGAGCAUUUCGGCUUCCAGCAUGAGGAGCAUUUCGGCUUCCAGCAAGAGGAGCAUUUCGGCUUCCAGCAAGAGGAGCAUUUCGGCUUCCAGCAGCAUGAGGAGCAUUUUGGGCGCCAGGAGCAUUUUACACAUUUUGGCAUAGAACAUUCAGGGCAUUUAGGUUGGGGGAGAUGGAGGGAAGAAGGCGAAUUUGGAAGCCAAGGUAGAGCACAUGCACCCCAUUCAGGAAACCCAGAAUGAGAUUCAACCCAGCUCAUUGAGUAAGGAAGACAAGAACUAGAAGAGCAGAGUGCAUUGAGA